AUGAUUGAUGAUCAAGUCUUGGGAUUCAUUGCUAACUUUCUUGGCAUUUUCAGUUUUGCUUUGGUUAUAGCAUAUCACUUGGUUAUGAGCAACCUUAAAUAUAAAGCUAGCUAG